CUUGUCACACCCCUUCUCCCAAAGCUUGACAGUGUCUUGCCACAACCUGCAGCUACAUCACGUCAGCCCAGCCAGGGCCCCGAGGACGGGAGAUGCAAAGCAACGCGGGUGCAACAUGCCACCAUUCAACCUUACCAGCUUGACGCCAGCAACGUUCAUCCUGGCUGGCAUCCCAGGGAUGGAGAAGCUGCACAUCUGGAUUUCAAUCCCAUUCUGCUCCAUGUAUCUGGCGGCUCUGCUGGGAAAUGCUGUGGUGCUGUACGUCAUAAGGACAGAACGUAGCCUCCACCAGCCCAUGUACCUCUUCUUGUCCAUGCUGGCCGUCGCUGACUUCGUGCUGUCAACCACGACCGUGCCCAAGAUGCUGGCUCUGUUCUGGUUCAGCGCGGGGGAGAUUUCCUUCGGCGCCUGCCUGACCCAGAUGUUCUUCCUGCACUUCAGCUUCUCGGCGGAGUCGCUGAUCCUGCUGGCCAUGGCGUUCGAUCGGUUUGUCGCCAUCUGCUACCCCUUGCGGUAUGCCUCAGUGCUGAGCCACUCAGCCGUUGCCAAAACCGGGCUGGUGGCUUUACUGAGAAGCUUCUGCAUCAUUUUCCCGUGUGUAUUCCUUUUGAAAAGGCUGCCUUUCUGCGGGCACAACGUCAUCCCCCACACCUACUGCGAGCACAUGGGCAUCGCCCGGCUGGCCUGUGCCGACAUCUCCGUCAACAUCUUGUAUGGCCUCGCGGUGCCUUUUGCAGCAAUAGUGGUCGAUGUUGUGCUCAUUGCUGUCUCCUAUGUCUUAAUUCUCCUGGCGUUGUUCAGACUCCCUUCCAGGACUGCCCGUCGUAAGGCUUACAACACCUGUGGCUCUCAUGUCUGUGUUAUAUUCCUUUUCUAUAUUCCUGCUUUCUUCACCGUUUUAACACAUCGCUUUGGUCAGGAAAUCCCCCGCCACAUCCACAUUCUGCUGGCCAACCUGUACGUGCUCUUCCCCCCACUGCUGAACCCUAUCGUGUAUGGUGUGCGGACACAUCAGAUAAAAGAGAAGGUUGUGAAAGGGUUCAUCUGCCCCAAGAGUCGUUUGUUGAUAGAAUAAGUGAGAUGUCACAAUCAGAAAGCGAUGAACACCUUGGCGAGACUCCAAGCUCCUCAACCCCAGUGCUCUCUUUGCACUAUUUCAGGCAACGUGCCUAAAUCUUCUGCUAUCACAGUCAAAUACAGAACACCCGACCUCGCCGCACUGCUUUCCCCAACGGUUUGUAGGAAAUGUAAGACAAAAGUCAGGGUCUCUAAUUGGCAGUUGAAGGAGAGCGAUAAAAGAAAUGAGAACCCCCCCCAGGUAUGUAACUUGUGGGAAAUCCCCUGCAAGGUGGAGGCAGGCGGCUUUCACUGCAGUGUGACAAUAAAUGAACAUCUCAGCCAUUUUGUCUGGAGUCAGGUGAAAAGACACAUAAUGAACUUGCUCUUCUGAAUCACAGGUGUGUAAUAUGGAGUUCAUUCAUUUUAGGCAGUGCUUCUAUUAAAUUUCAUAGUAUUGAAAAAGCCUCCAAAAGGAGUAAGACAGAAAUAAAAGCAAGUGUUGCACAUGCA